AUGUAUCUCUCAGCCCCCAUCCUGGCCCUUUCCCUCUCCGCCAGCACCGCCUCCGCAGCCCAAGCCAAAGUACACAACAAAUGCGACUUCCCCGUGUGGGUAAUCCCAGUCCAAGGCCAAGCAGGCCCAGCCCAAAACAUCACUCCAGGCUCUACCUUCUCCGAAGAACAAAGGAACCCCGACCACGGCACCGGCGUCUCCAUCCAAGUGACAACGACUGAACCGGGCCCCAAUAACCCGCAGCCCAUCUUGAUUCUGGGGUAUUCGUGGAGCAACGUGACGGGGCUGUACUACAGCUUGAGUACCGUCAAUGGCUUUGGGUUCAAGGGGAAGAAGCUGCGCAUUCAUAAUAGCGACGGCAAGCCCGUGGAGCAGAUUCUUUGGUACGGGGAGCCCAAGCCGGAUUAUACGGCUGCGUAUCUGAAGGGGGAGGCGGAUAUUACGCUUGAACUCUGCGAUGACUUUGCGUAG